AUGGGUCGGCUCGACCGGAGUGAUACCACGGCCCCACAGAAAACCGGCGUGAAACAACCAGUGUUGUGUUUCGCCGUACAAAGUAAGGCGGAUCAAAGAAUAUCUGAGAGCUACGGUGACGAACAUGUACAUUUUGUAAGGACAAAGAGGGACCUUGGAUCUGGCAAUGUCAUCAUCACUCAACAUUUUAGCGAUAAGGUUUUAAGCCCUGGUGAUGAGAUAAGUCUCCAAUGUACCGCUACUGCCGACAAGCCUUCAAGAUUUAUUUGGGAGAGGGAUGGAGUUGUUAUAUCUCCGAAUACUGAUCAAAGGUACCCGGGUAAGCCUACAUACUGCUGGGGGCGACAGGUACCAGCAGGUGGGAGCGCUAACGACCGUACACCCAACGGCCAUUCAUCCCCUCGCCGCGCUCCCGAAACUUGGGAUUGGGUGGUUUUUUAUCUUAGAGGUGUCCUUCCUCUAGGGCCGGGCGGCAAAGCCAAGCCCCCCGACGGCGGCAUUGAGACAUGCCUCCGUCCGCUGUCCGGCCAACCCGACUCAGCGGACCCGCCGAAAGGUCCUCCUUAUAUAAGGACUUUACCACCAAUUAAAGUUCAGAGUGGAGAACCACUGAAGCUCAGGUGUCCAUACUAUGGAUAUCCUAUCAGCAAACUAGAAUGGGAACAUAAAGGAAAGAAGAUUAUCAGCUCAACUCUUCCACAACACUCUAGAUAUAAAAGGACAUACUUAACUACUUCUAACAACAGUAAAAAUACCAGAAGAAAACGGAGAAAAAGACAGCUCUUUGAGACAGGAGCUGAUGGCGUUCUGAACAUACCAAGAGUAGUGAAAGAAGAAAACGGGGACACGUAUACAUGUAUUGUUUACAGCCCAUCAGGAGAAAUGGCUAGAAGGUCAUUUGAAAUUCAAGUAGUAGAAGCUCCUGAGUUAGAUGAGUUGAGAGUCGGUAGCGGAUUAAAGGAAGGACAAAUAGUUCAGAUAACUUGCAACAUUAUCAGCGGUGAUCCACCAAUUUAUUUCUCUUGGCUAAAGGAUGGAAAGAAACUACCAGCUAGUUUGAAGAUAACAGAAAGAAGUUCAGAGUUGUUCAGCGUUCUGAUAAUAAAACGAGUAUCUCUGGAGCAUUGUGGAAAAUACACGUGCAUAGCAACCAACCAUGUUGGGAAAGUAAACCAGACUGCCGACCUUUAUAUUAAUGUUGCACCAAAAUGGAUAGAAGAACCAACAAACACGUCCUUGCUGUUAGGCCAACGCGGCGUAGUGUAUUGCAACGCAAACGGCUACCCGACGCCGCAGAUACAUUGGAUGAAGAGAGAUGCAACAUUAGGUAUAUGGAGACCAGUUCUGGACUUGGCUGGUGGAGGAGUGAUGAGCUAUCCAAACGGUACCCUCAUUAUUGAAGUGGUGUCGCUCUCCGACGAAGGGAUGUAUGCAUGCAACGUUGAGAAUGGAGUGGGCGAUGCGCUGAACAAAAAUCUUUGGAUUAGUGUUAAUAAGCCAGUGCACUUUGAGUCAGUGGGCGCUAACCUCACUACGAAGAUGGGUCUACCUGUGACCUUGACCUGCAGACCACUUGGAGACAAUCCCAUCAGAGUCAAGUGGUCGUUGGAUGGAAAACCCAUUGAUUUUACAUCAUCGAGACUUACAAUAUCAGAAACAAUGACUCGUAAUGGGCUGAACAGUUUGAUCAACAUAAAUUACGUGGAGAGCAGAGACGGAGGGACUUAUGAAUGCCGAGCUAGCAACCCUUAUGGUGUUGCCGCUUAUAAUGUGCAUUUGGAUAUACUUGAACCUGACCGGGGGUAUAUAAGCGGAACUGCGGCUCACCGCUGGCAGUUGAGUUCUAAGUCUAAAGCUGUUCGGAAGAAAAGGAAGAAGUGA